AUGCGCAGCUCCGAGGAGGCGGCGACGGCAGAGGAUUCAGGCGCGCCGGGUUCUUCCGCGGAGCCCCCGCGCGUUGGAGGAUCGGGCGGUCGUGAUGAAGAAGUAGGCUCGCGGCCGCAGAACGCGGAAAGAGACGGCCGCGCGGCGGUGCAGGUUUCCCCGAUGCCGCCGGCGCCGGCUCCCAGUGGAUCGGCGGCGCCUGAGGUGAGAGGUGAUAGUUCGUCUGCAUCGGCGGCGCCUGAGGUGAGAGCUGUGAGUUUGGCUGCAUCGGCGGCGCCUCAUGUGAGAGCGCAGAGUUCGGCGGCAUCGGCGGCGGCUGAGGUGACAGUGGAGAGUUUGCCUGCGCCGCCUGCGCACCCGCACCCGGCGCCGAGGCCGUGGUCGUGGUCGGCGAUCCCGUGGACGAGAGUUUUGCUCGGAGGCCUGCUUGCGGUGGCGAUCGGUUACGCCUUCUACAAAUGGGGGCUACCCCUCCUGUCAGAGAAGGUUCUCUUGCCGAUCAUGCGAUGGGAAGCGACAUCUUUUGGCCGCCCUGUUCUGGCCAUCGUGCUUGUUGUCUCUCUGUCCCUCUUCCCUAUCGUGUUCCUGCCUUCUACACCGUUGAUGUGGUUGACAGGAAUAAUAUUCGGCUACGGCUUGGGCUCCUUGAUCAUCAUGUCCGGCACUGCCAUCGGCAUGUCCAUACCAUAUUGGAUCGGCUCCUUGUUCCUUCAUCGUUUUCAUGGAUGGUUAGAGAAGAAAUGGCCACAGCAGAUAGCUCUGAUUAAGCUGGCCGGCAAAGGGGGUUGGUUCCAACAGUUCCGGGUGGUUGCGUUGCUACGGAUCUCGCCGUUCCCGUAUACAUUGUUCAACUAUGUUGCAACCAUUACCCAGAUCAAGUACACCCCUUAUAUUUGUGGUUCAGUCGUUGGAAUGGUGCCCGACACGCUGGUCAACAUCUACAGUGGCCGGCUGAUACUCACACUGGCGGACCUGAAGUAUGACAAGCGUCGCAUGACAACGGUGGAGAUAGUAUACAACGUGAUCUCUGCUGCUGUUGCACUUCUUGUAGGAGUUGGAUUUACGAUCUACGCAAGAAGAGCAUUGGAUGGCAUACAAAGUGUGGAAAGCGCGCGGCAACCUGAACCUAAUGCCAUGCCUACUGCAGGAAGUGCUAGCUCCAUACCAGUACAUGUUGUAUAG